AUGAGGAUCCCAGCAUCAAAAUCUUCAUCAUCCGCCGCUGCAAACGGGAGCAAAACGACGCCGUGCUGCACCAAAGUCGGUCUGAAGCGAGGUCCAUGGACGCCGGAAGAAGACGAGCUUUUAUCUUCAUACAUUAACAAAGAAGGAGAAGGUCGAUGGCGUACUCUACCUACACGCGCCGGCCUUCUCCGUUGCGGCAAGAGCUGCCGCCUCCGUUGGAUGAAUUACUUACGCCCUUCCGUCAAACGCGGCCAUAUAGCUCCCGAUGAAGAAGACCUCAUCCUCCGUCUCCAUCGUCUCCUCGGCAAUAGAUGGUCUUUGAUAGCCGGAAGAAUUCCUGGAAGAACCGAUAAUGAAAUCAAGAAUUACUGGAAUACCCAUCUCAGUAAGAAACUUAUUAGUCAAGGUAUAGAUCCAAGAACCCACAAGCCACUCGUCAAUCUUACCUAUCCUCCUGAUCAACAAGAGAAUAAACCAUCCAAUUCUAUCUCAAACCCUAACCCUAAUAUCCAUGUCAUCCAUCAUCAUCACCAACAACCAGAACAACAACAACAGCCAAAAGAAAAUAGAAAUUCGAGUCCUAUACCUGAAAAUAACGAGGCAAUUGGAGUGAUAAGCAACAAAGAAGAGCAUGAUCACGAUGAUCAGAUAAAUUAUGGGAACAACGAUGACACUUUUUCGUCAUUCUUGAACUCGUUAAUUGACGAGGAACUAUUUAACGCCCAAUUACUCCAAGAACAUCAUGAACUACCCCAAGUAUCUAAUGGAGCCUUUCCAUACGAUCACCACCCGUUGUUGAACGCGCCUCAACUUUCCAUCUUUGGAGCCGGGUGGGAUGCUCAGGCAGUGUGUUCUUCGGAGCCUGUAAUUGUGAAAACAAAAGAUUCGGAGAAGCUUAGCAUCGACUAGCUUGAGUUAUCAUAUGCAUAUAAUUUACAGCCCUACUAUUUUAUGCUUGGGCUUGCUCGAUCUAUAUUUGCUAUUGAAAUGACAAGUGUGUCUUGAUAUAAUUUUAUGUGUUUCGAUUUAUGUAUUUCUAUUUUGAGUUUUUUUUUUGUAAUUUUAAGUUGUUGUAUUGUAUGUUAUUGUAAUUCAAUUUGGUUUGAUUUCUUGAGUAAUUGUAAGAGGAAUUAUAAUAUUUCUACUA